AUGGGUUUUCGCACCAACCGUCAGGCCGGUCUUACUCUGCUGGAAGUGAUCAUCAGUCUUGGCAUUUUGUCGAUGGCGCUUGUGGGUAUCAACAACGUAGCCAACAGAUUUUCAGACGACACCAAAGUUACCGUCACCGCGAGUCAGCAGCGUACCUUUGGGGAUGCGGCCAGGGCGUAUAUCAAGGACAACUAUUCCGCGGUGAUGGCAGUUGCUACAUCUACCUCACCAGCGCUGAUCGACGUUUCAACACUUAUUGCCGCCGGCAAGUUGCCAUCAGGUUACACAGCGGUAAAUGCCUAUGGGCAAACUUUGUGUGCUUUGGUUCUACAGCCUUCUGCUAAUCGUUUGCAGGCCUUGGUGGUGUCAGAGAAUGGUUCAGCGCUUGAUGACCUCUCCCUGGGCAGCGCGGCUGGAAUUGUUGGUGGCAGUGGCGGCGGGGUGUACUCAUCCAAUACGGCGUUGGUUCGCGGUGCGGUCGGUGGCUGGUCGAUACCUGUAGCCACCUUCGACAAUCUCACUAACAACUUGUCACGCCGUUGUGACGGCACGUCGGGAAACGUCCGCGUAGCUGUGGGUCACCCAGUUAUGGCACUCUGGUUUGAAAAUGGCGAUACCACUUCAGCUUUUCUCGCAAGGGAUUCCGUGCCAGGCCGGCCCGAGUUGAAUGAAAUGAACACGCCCCUCGUUAUGAACUCGAUACAGACGGCAAAUGGUGUUUGUACACGGGCUGGUGCAGUUGCUCGCGACAGUACAGGCGCUGUUCUCUCUUGCCAGUCAGGAGUCUGGAAAACACAGGGAUCGGCUUUCUGGCAAGACCCUGUCGCAAACUUUGCCGCACUGCCGGCAUGUACUGCGUCUAUAAGCGGGCAAACCCGUGUCGUUUCAAGCCCAAGUGUGGGUUCCGGUCCACGAGCCUACACCUGUAAUGGUGCUUCAUGGGCAGCACUUGCUGUAGACGAUAGCGGAAACUUCUCUGUUGCAAAUAAUCUCUCGGUUGGCGGCACCAUGUCUGUGACCGGCGUUGCCACUGUCGGGAAACUUGGUCUCAGUGAUGUAGUUACUGUCGGGGCUGCGUGCUCUGUCAGCGGGCUCAUUUCAAGGGAUUCAACCGGUCAGAUACUGUCUUGCCAAUCCGGGGUGUACAAAGCUGUCGGUCCAAAGUUCAGCAGCACGCCGAUUUACGGGUACACCCCGAGUAGCCAAUACAUCUCUGGAUGUGGUGCUUCGCCUGGCUAUUUGACUGUCACGACUCCCGGUUUUUACGGCAUUAAUGUCGACGCAGUUGCCUAUAGGUAUUACGGAUCUUAUGUGAGCCUGUACGUCAGUUUGGCCGCCCCUAGUGGGGCUGGCGUAUGCACUGUCAGCCAAAACCUUCCUGCUGGAGGCGGUACCGGAUAUUUCACGCCAAGUGGCUAUUGCAUGGAGCAUUUGGAUGCAGGAACAUAUACGGUAAACGUCGGCGGAAGCGAUGCUAGCGCUUGCGGUACUUCAAGCCUGUACAUGCUUUUUAAUGGAUCUGCCAAACUUCGCCUUCUCAUUCCUGAUUGA